AUGAAACAAUUUUUUGAUAUAUUGUCUAAUUUGGAAGUACGUUGUGUUCAACCUUCUCCGCCUGCAUCAAAUGAUUGUACUCCAACUGCUUUAUUUCAAUUUUUAGCUAGGGGCACAAGUGAAUUUCGUGUUGAUGCUAAUUGUCGCUUACAGUUUGCAGCAUUAUAUAAACAUAAUGGCAGACGCUACCCGCAUCCUUAUACUCUUCGACAAAAAGAUAAUCUUUUAGUACAUAAUACAGUAGCCAUUGAACAUUAUCAACAAGCCACUUAUAAUAUUUCACUUUAUCUUGAACUUAAACGUUUACGAGACUUUGAUAUUGAUGAUUUGAAACGAUAUUAUGAAGCCAUCGAUAAAAAUGUUGAUACUAAUGAAGAACUUCAUGAUUUUCAUGAUGUUUAUCUCAUCUUAAAUUAUGGAAUCAAUGGACAAUCGACUCAAUUUCAAUGUAAUAAUGGUCAACCAAUUCAUUUACCCCAAUUUAUUUCAAAUCCAUGGACAAGUGAGAACACUUUAACUCGUUUUAGAUACGAGGCUGAGAAUCGGGAUGGUACAUUUCCAUGUGAAAUGAAGUUGCGUUAUGGAAAUAUUGGUAAUUUAGAUUCAUAUAAAAUUAUUCUUUGUUUAACGACUAAUACAAUACCAGCGCGGAUGGAUAAUCAUCCGAUUCGAUGGAUUUGUAAACUUAGGCCGAGAGUGUUAAGAAAAAAUGGAUCAUCAAAACGACAUGUAGGUAGAGAAACAUCAUAUUGUUUGAAUCAUCAAUCGGGUAUUGUUAUUGCUCGUGUUUUUGGACCUGACCUAAAAUUCACUCCUCACAGGUUGCGUCCAAUCGAUGAUCUGAAUUAUGUAAGGUCUCAUUCUGAACCCCCAGGCUUUACAGCUGCAUUAGAAAAUUGUGAUAAUACAGAUAAUAGUACAUUUGCUGUCGCCGUAAUCAAAGAAAUAGAUUAUCCAGUAUAUAUGAAAAAUCGUAGAAAAGAUAAAACUAUUUUACAAUUUUUACCAUUCAAUGAAUUACAAGAUGUUGAUAGUAAUUUAGAGAAUGAUAAUAAAGAAAUAACUAAACGUCUCAAAGUUCAUAAGGAUCGAUGUAAUAAACAGUUAAUUCUAUGGAAUGAAAAUGAAACGGGAACAUAUAGUCAAGCUCAUGUUCGACUUUAUGUUGCUGCUUAUGAUGAAAAUAAUACUCUACUAACAGAAGCAUUAAAUCCGCCAAUACGAAAUAGCAAAGUAUUCGAGCAGUUACGCAUUAUUAGAAUAGUACAACCUAAAAAUGACUUAAAUGCAAAGGACACAACAUAUGUCUAUUGUAAUUAUGAUUACAAUCAAUCAAAAUUAGAAUAUAAUUCAUGUCCAUAUAACUUUGAAUUGUUUUUUGCAUCAUCAUCAAAUACAUUGAAUCAAAAUCAAGUCGUACAAUCAUUCGACAAACCGCAGUUAUGCGUAGGAGCUUCUUAUGUUCCUGAUUGCCCAAUUCAAGUUCCAGACGAUAAUAAAUAUCAUGAACAUCGAGUAUAUAUUCGUCUUCGACAUGCACAAUCUAAAGAUUAUAAUCCAAGUGAUAUAGCGCUAACUAAUGGCGAACCUUGGACAUAUCAUGCACAUCCAACAUCCGUUAUGGACAGUUAG